GUUUGUUAUUAGAUAUUAAAAAUACUUGCAUGAGUUUGAUGCUAACCAAGAAUUUCCUUGUUGGUUGUUGAAAUUUAAGACUUUCUCUUCAUUUUACUGCAUGCGUUUUUCCAACAAUUCUGGACAAUGCCAAAGACUCACCAACAGAAAGCAUUGCACGUUCUCAUUCAAUGCAUCAUGGGAAGAUCAUGUGUGAAUUGCGGAGAUCAAUGUCCCGGAUUUGCACUUCACGCCUGGCGAAAAGUUUGCGCACACUGCAAGUGCAGAUUGGAAUACCACGUUGGCGGUGUCAACAACAUCAAAAUAAAGAUGGAGCGUAAGACUGCAGCAAAUUUAAAUUGCGGUAGAAAUACAGGACCAAAGUCACAUCACCAUCAACACGGUUCAUCCGCGAUUAUUAUUUCGGACGAUGACAGUGGGUGUUCUUUAGACGAAUACGCAUGGGUACCUCCAGGGCUUACCCUUAAGCAGGUGCAAAAGUAUUUUGCGUGUCUCCCAGAUGAACAAGUGCCGUAUGUAGAAAGCGCCGGAGAAAAAUACAGAAUACGUCAAUUGCUUCAACAGCUGCCUCCCCAUGACAAUGAGGUCAGAUAUUGCAAUGAACUCAGCGAAGAGGAAAGACAGGAAUUAAAAUUAUUCAGCGAACAGAGAAAACACGAUGCACUCGGACGAGGAACUGCUCGUUCAUUUCCGCAUAAUAUCACUGCAGCUAUAUGCGAAAACUGCGGAAAGAGGAACAACGGUGGCGACAUUGCGGUUUUUGCUAGUCGAGCUGGUCACGGCGUAUGUUGGCAUCCAAAUUGCUUCGUUUGUUCUGUGUGUCAAGAAUUGUUGGUUGACUUGAUUUAUUUCUACCAGGAUGGACAACUUUAUUGCGGAAGACAUCACGCUGAAACCCUAAAGCCCAGAUGCUCUGCUUGUGACGAGAUCAUUUUCUCCGACGAAUGUACCGAAGCUGAGGGCAGGCACUGGCACAUGAACCAUUUUUGUUGUUACGACUGUGAAAUUGUAUUAGGAGGACAACGAUACAUUAUGAGAGACGGGAAACCAUACUGUACUGGGUGUUUCGAGACCCGUUACGCCGAAUACUGCGACACCUGCGGAGACCUAAUAGGACUCGACGCGGGACAAAUGCAAUAUGAAGGACAGCAUUGGCACGCCACUGAAGACUGCUUUUCUUGUGUACGGUGCCAAAAAUCGCUUCUCGGUAGACCGUUUUUACCAAAACACGGUCAGAUUUUUUGCUCCAAGGCUUGCAGCAACGGCGAUGACCCCGCCCAUUCGGAAUCGGAUUCCCAGUACGAAAAUCCGCAAUUGCCCACAUCACACAAUGUUCGACACAGUCUCAACUUAGAGAACUUGUCGUUGCACGAAAAAGCUCCUUGGGACGGAUUAGUAGCCAGCAGAAUUGUGCCACCGCAAAGAGCCACCGGAAACGGAAACGGGGCACUAGAAGACGAACCAGAAGUAUUUCUGAACGCCGACGAUCUUUACCCAUCAGACGCUUUAGUAAGCAGUCUCAGACGCAAAAAGCAACACGUUGCAUCAAGAGGUCGCCACGGACAGUAUUUGACAGAGGAUAAUAGUUUUGGCGCCGAAGGAGCACAAAAUCAAGAUAUUAGUCGAAGUGACGGAAAGGGGUUUAACAAAUCACCUAUUACCGGAACAGGGAACGUAAAUUUUCCGCAAAACACAUACAACAGCACCGAUAGUAGUGGGUAUAACAGCAGCAGUACAUUGGACGUUCUUGAACACGGAAAAAAUUUAUCACCAGUUGCGACAGAAUCUCAAGCGAACGACACCUUAAACAGCAAUAGCAGCAAAGCCACAACUUCUAGUAUGGUUAGCACAGAUAGAGGUUGCUCAAUGGGCGGCCAUGUACCAGCUUCAGAAUUCAUAGGCUGGAAUUUUUCUCAUGAUCCCGUGUCUUGUAGAAAACCAGGCACUGAAGUACAAAAGCGUAUAGAAGCGUUAAAACGUUCACAAAGCUGCAAUAACAAGCAAAAUGACGUAAUAUGGCAAACCAGAAGACCGUCUGAAGAGAUCCAGGAAAUAUCGGAUCAGAAAAUGCGUCAACAGCAUGAAAUCGAUGCGUUAUCAGCUGCUUUGGGGGAUCUAUCGCCGGGACAAUCUCAAAAAUCGACAUUUAAAAUUAUCCCUAACCCACACGUGGCCCCCGUGACCACCCACGCUGCGUUUCAAAGCAGUAACGCUCCCAUUCCUGCCCCGAGGGCGAAAUACCCACCAGCUGUCCCACCUAGGCACGACCGGGACCGACGAGGCUCAAACCCUAACCCAUGGUCCCCACAACAUCAGCAUUCACACUCUGACUCCUUCCGGUUACCUAUACCGGAAGUAUCCAACCCCCAAGCACAAGACAUCCCAUCACCUAUCAAAGACACACCGACAGGAAGGCAGUACUACAGCGGGGGACAAUAUCGAGUGUCGGACAAGGUGACAGACACACAUAAGCAUGCGUCAUUUGAAGAUAGCGAUUCUUACAACACAAAAGUGAUGAAUUACCCUGGCUGCGACAGCAUAGGUAAAUCAUCGUUACCAGAUGUAGCCAAGCACGCUGAGCCCAAGGGCAUACUUAAGAAAAGUCGCCGAAGCAACAGUAUACCCGCGAAAACUAGCAAUGGGGAAUGUGACGCAGAUUUACUUGCAGACCACUCGUUCAAAAAACUGAACGACUAUUGUACAGUUGACCCUGAGGUCCAAAAGAAAAUUGUUGGCGUCGAAGGUCGAACUGCGCAUGCGCGAUCUGACGGCGACGAUGACGAGGAAGACGAAAAUUUCGUCCGCGGUGACAGACAUUACAACAGUGCCCGUUUCCACAACUCUCAAAAACAACUGUCAUUCAAAACUCGACAUGGCAAAAAAUCGAAAACCAGAUUUCAAGAUGAUCACGUGAUGCUUUCACGUACCGCUUCUGCCAACGCUCUCAAUCUUGGUGUGACGUCAUCGUCUAUUUUCUCCAACAAAAUGCAUAAGAGUAAGAAGAGCUGUGCCAGCAGUGAAUCCGGUCGCAGACUAUGUAGUAAGCGAAUGAAACGAGCUCGAUCGACAGACUUCGCUUUAACACCCAAUAGCAAGAAACGAGGGAAUAAGAAACGAGCUCAUUUUCAAAACGAAUACGAAGAGGAAGACUGGUGUUCCACUUGUACGUCAUCUAGCGACGACAGCGAUUAUGAACGAUGGGAUGACUUCGAUGAUAAAAUGAGUUCAUCACUAUCGCCCGCCAUGUUGUCCGUACUUCAACAACGAGCCAGAAGAGCCUCAGACCAACCUAAUGGUAUGACAAGAUAUCAUUCUUCAUCUUCACAUAAACGAUACAGGUCGAAAUCAUCUAAACAAUGUGUCAUACAGUGAUGGGGAAGGGUUCAAAAACACGGUGCACAAACACCAGGGACAGUGUCACAUCCGGGGAAUCGUCAACAUCCCUUGUGACGUAUCCCCCGUGACGUCAAUCGGGGUGACGUCACUAUGAUGUGCGUGGGAGAGACUCAAGAUAUAAUUGCAAAAUCAUCGAAUGCGAACAUUUCUUUCGACUUCAAACAUGACAUCAACGACCACUACCUACUGCAGUCAUCAUUAAAAAAUGCAACCAUGCUCCUUUUCUGGGCGAGUAGUGGAAUUUUUAGCCGCCGUAAUUGCGUCUAAUGGGCGAUUAUUUAAAGUCUAGGAUCACGAACGCUGAUAAAGAAUUCUCAUUUCAUGUUCAUUUCUUAAAAUAACAAAUAAGAUUUAGCCUUAGUGCUGCAAUUACCCUGUUUUUAAACCACGUUGGUCAGGCCCUACCAAAUUAUGAAUAUCUUUUAUUCACUGCCUUUCAAGGUUAUUUAUCUAUCAGAUAAACACGGGCCGGCAAAUAAUAACGAAAUUUAACUUCAGUUUAUGCAUGUUCAUGCAUGAUUCCCUCUUGCACAUAAACAACCAGUAUUAUCUAGUACCAACACAUCAAAGUUAGCCGCAUUUUCUUUUCUUAUUUUUUCAACUAAAAUAGCAAAAAAUCAUGUCACACAACUAUUUUUAACCAAUAGGUCGUAUGUGGCGGAUUUUUUCCGAUUUUCGAUAAAAUGAAUUUUUUUAAUACCAUGGUACGUGUCUUUCUUUUUUUUAAUCUAUAAAAAUGAAUAGACCGCACACACAACGUCAACUCUUUCUCUAUUUUGCAUACAAAAGCUGGUAAUUACACUGUUUAAAAAUCAGUAAAAUGUCAGUAUCUCCAUGUGUUUAGAAUUUCCUUGUAUUAUUUGGCCCAAACAUAAGUCGUAGCUAGUCGUGGUAUUUCUGGCAUGGUUGAUUUACGACCAAUUCGACCAAUUUACAUGACAAAUUCAUAAUUCCACGCGAUAAUAAAGCAUGUGCCCCUUUACGUUUUUCAUGUAAAAAAAAUCGUGUCUUAUUAACGUCAAAUCACUCAUUUGUUAUACUGAGAUGUAAAUCGUACUAUGUUAUCAGAUUUUUUUUUUUAAUUUAAAUUUUCAUUCAUUUAUAU